CAAAGUUCUCUUUUUAAAAAUUUCACUCGGAUGUCACUUACUGAUUUUGAAUUACUUUUGACGCAGGUUGGCCCAAUAAUAUGUAAAAGAAACACCUAUUUUCGUGAAGCAAUUCCAGAGGCGACAAGGCUCGCAAUAUUUUUGAGGUAUGCAGCGAGUGGAGAUAGCUUCGCGAGUUUAAUGUACACUUUUAAAGUUUCAACCCCAAGUAUCUCUCGCAUAAUAAAAGAUGUAGCUCUAGCUGUUGUGAAAGUUCUACAGGAAUAUGUACAGCUUCCUACCUCAGAAGAAAAAUGGUUGGAAAUUGCUCAACAGUUUCAAGAAAGGUGGCAUUUCCCACAUUGUCUGGGUGCCCUUGACGGGAAACACGUUGUAAUUCAAUGCCCCCCAAAUUCAGAAUAAAUAGUAAAUAUUUAUAAAGAAACCAGUUCGGCUCUGGUAGUGCAUCAUCUCUUUCAUCUCCACUUCGUUUUCUUUUGUAUUCAGCGUGAAGCCGAUGAAAGUAUGACAGGAAGCUUUUUAUUUUGUUAUUCACUGCUUUUCUAGUUCCUAAUUUAUAUUUAUCAACCAAAUAUUGUUGAGCGUCACCCCUUUUAAUUCUGUCUUUAUAAUCUUUGUCAGAUGCUUUCCAAAGACAUGUAAAUUGGCGAUAGUCUUCGACAAACUCAAUGCAUUUUUCGUUUGACCACUCCAUUGCUGUACAUGUGCUUCAAACCGCGAUUAAAAACUAACUAAGAGGCAGAUAGAUGCAUAUGUCUCCCGCUAUCAGAUCGGAAGACACGCGC